UCCAGAAGAAUGGAUAAUAUGAGAACUCCGCGGGACGGAGAAAACUCGGAGACAUUUCUGUGUCGGGUUCGAGAAUUCUUCCACCCUACUCCAAGUGAGAUCAGGAUAAAGCAGGAAACCAGAGAGUUGGUGGACUUUGCAGUUUAUUUCAGUUUACGGACUAACUUCUCCGGAAGUUCGACGAGAACAGAAUCCUGCCUUCGACGAUGCAUCAGUAGGAUGCAUGAGAAGCACUCCAUGGUGUUUGGUGGGAUGAUGACGAGAUUAAAUAUCAACAGAAACAUUGAUUUCUACCAGGGGUUCAUCGAGGUAUCGGAGGAACUCUUCCGGGAGGAGAUCAGCUGGUCCAAGAUUGUUGCUCUCUAUGCAUUCGGAGCAAGGUUGGCUCAGUUUUGUGCAGAGAACGAUAUGGAGGAUUUACUCCGGGAUAUAUCGGAGAGUCUAGCGAGGUUUUCUGAUGAGCAUUUAGCAGCUUAUAUACUAGCACAGGGUGGCUGGGAGACUUUGUGUGAUGAAUAUCCACCUGAAGAUGAGUUAGAAACUCGAGUUUGGAAAUCUUUAGGUAUUCUUGCGCUCUGUCUUACCUCCGCCUCAGUAUUUCUCGUACUCCGGAGAUGACCUGAACCUUGAACCUGAUCCUACUAAGCUCUGAAACCUGCCACUUAGAAUUCCUGAAUGUCCAAUUAAAUACAUCUUCAACUUGGACACAGGAUAAUUUUUCAAGUUUUAUUUACUUAGACAAACUUCAAAAUCAAUCAUUGUUAAGAAAACGUCUGAUUUCCUUGUUCAAUUUUUUUAUGUGCAUUAUUGAUAAAAUGUUAUUACAAUUUUUGUGAACAUCUGUACUCUAAUGGUUGCAUUAAAACAAUGCAAAUACAUGAGACUUCAAGUGUGUUUUCAUACCGGCCCCAUCAGAAUGAUGCUUCAGAAUAUACAGAACACAACAUUGUUGUUCAGUAGAUCCUCAAAGAAUUUUUUAUUCUCCAAAUUAGUUUGUUAAUAAGGGUUAAUGUUGAGUAAAUCCGCUUACGCUUUCGAGUUAUUUUUUCAUGGAACAAUCAUUAACUCCUUUAUUAUUCCUUAUUUUUCCAAACUCUUUAAAUAUUUGACUGAGGUUUACAAAUUAUCCAGUUCUCUAAUUAAAAUCUCUAAUUUUACAUUCAUGCAUACUCAUUGUUGAACAAUUAUUUAAAUAAUGCUACCGUUGGUAUUAUUCUAUAUUUUUGUAUCGAAUCAGCCUCCACUUCCCACUGUAAUAAUGGAAGGCAGUAGCCGGGUGUUGUGUUUUGAAUACUAAUUUCUACCUUCUCAUGCAUUGUCAGGACAACCCCUUGUUUCCAUAUAAACUUGACUAAAAUUAACUAUUUUUUUAAUUAAUAAAGUUUCUAAAAUUUGUUCUGCCAGUUUUUAGUAAUUCUUAUAGUUUGUUACGUGAACCUAUGAUAAACGCAAGAAAUGUAUCAAUAUUAUUUCUAAGAUACUUUGUAAGUCAAUCAGGGGUAUAAAUUGAUGACCUCCUCUCCCCCACUAAAAAAAAGUCUGGAGUCGAUUGCUUUACAUACUUUUUUGGGCGUAAUAAUUUUAAAAAAAUAUUUCUCAGAAAAUUAUUUCGCAGGAGGGGACAAAAUUUAAUUAACAAUAUUAACCCGUAAAUAUUAUGUUUAUUCGAAGUUGUGAAGAAACUGUAAAAUCUGUUGAAUUCUAGUCGUUUUAUAUUCAUUUAUUGUAAACUAAAAUCAGUAAAAAAAAAUAAAAAUAAUUAAUCGA